UACAAUUUUACUAACCUUAAACUUAAAAAUAAAUUAAUUUAUAUCUAAUUAAUGGAAUGCACUAAUUUGAUGUGAUGACAAAAUGAAUGGAUCAAGCAGAGCACUAGUGCAGACCAGAAUCCAGAAUGUAAACGUAAUAAAUCAUCACUUUAAACGACCGUAGUUCAGUUAAUAGGCUACUUGUGACUAGGAGAAAUAUUUUCACCGUUAUUUUCAGAUAGAGAAGAUGGAGGAACAAUUUUUGGUGUACUACUGCUCUGUUUGCAACGUUUGUAAACAGCCAUCAGAGUCAUCAUCAUGUAUGAAGUUUUGUUCUGGAUGUAAACUAGUGCAGUAUUGCUGCAGCGAACAUCAGAAGCAAGACUGGCGUCAACACAGGGAGCUCUGCAAAGGAAUACAGCAGAUAAUGAGCAAGAAGCAGAUGGCCCACGUGUAUCAAGACGCGAAACAUUACCUUCCAGAUGAUCUUCCCAAAUGGAAUGCACUGAGGAUGUCUGUCGUAAAACUCGUCGAGAUUACCCUCAACAGAAAUUUAAACCAUUUAGAAAUGCAAAUGUGUCUUUUCCCCCCAGUUUGUCAGUAUUGUCACCUCUAUAAAACCAAUCAAAUGAUCACUUGUUCCGAAUGUAAAUCCUUGAUGUAUUGCAGUGAAGACCAUCAAGAAAAAGAUGUGGAACAUCGCAGUAUCUGUAAACUUUUUCGUCUCAGUUUUGAUGCCGAUAUGUUACGAUAUCGGGAACAAACGACACUGUAUGAGUGUUUUGAUUUUUCAUAUCCAAGCAGCCAAAUUAAGGGUUUUCCUGAGAACAUGGAAGCGUUAAUAAAGUUAUUAUUUCCAGCUUUAACUACUAAAGAAGUGUGUAUUAGCGAAAUGCUGUCUUUUUAUAUGACUUUAUUUUACGUAAUUUCUAAAAUUGCCAAAAUGACGAGUAACAAACUCACGGUACAUGUUGUUGGGGCUGAUGCUAUGGAGUUAGUGGCAGUUCAGACGAUUCCUCUUAUUCAUCAGUUGAUCUCACAUGUUACUCAUUUAAAUAUUGUUCUUGUUGGGCCGAGUGUCGACACUUGCGAUUUUAUUCCUCUGUGUUCAGAAGUAAGUAAUGUCAACGUGUCAUCUGUUUGUAUGUUGUACCAUGAAUAUGUAGCCAACCCAAAAUUUGUCACACCAAACAUUAUAGCUGCUUUAAACUGCGGUUUCUGUGAGUUUGAAGCAAAUGAAGAAAAAGACACAUGGAAGGAUUCUUUGUGUUCCAUUUUGAGUUUUAGUAAUACUUUUGUACUUAUAACAUCAUACACCAAGAAAGAAUCUGAAACUGAUUUACAAAAAUUGCUCAGGGCAAAAUGUAAGGACAUGGACUGUCAAACAAUUGUAGAGUGCCAAGAGAAUCCAUUUAGUAGCUUGUGUCCUCAAAGGGAUUGGGAAAAUCAAGGAGUUUACUAUGUAAACAAAUUUAUAUCAGUUUUAAAAGUCUAACAAUUGUUAGACUUUAUGGGUGAAUACGAGCUGCUAUACCUGUGGUUGGCAACGGAAGGAAUACGGGCGUUCGCAAAAGAGAAAAUGCCGUUUUUUAAAUCUGCUGUAUGAUAUAGUUACAAAUCUAUUAUUUAAUUUAGAACACCUAUUUUACUAUAAUUAGUAUUCAAUUCAUCCAUAUAUAAAUCCCAAAGUACCCAUGAACUUUUGAGAAAACUACAAGUCACACCCCCAUAAACCAUAUAGCCUACUUAAAAUGUUUGUCAUGACGAGAAACUUUGCGCAAAACUAUCUAUAAAUUGCCCUUUAAGAUCGUAAUUCCUUCUAAAGGGAACUUCCCAUAUACCUAAUGUAAAAUAUACCCCAGCUGUUUGUUAUUCUUUCAAUUUAUUACCUUAUUAAAAUCAGCUGUGAUUAUUUUGUUUGUAUUACUGUAUCCUGUUUUGUUUAUUUCAGCUUAACUUAACCAAUCAAUAGUUUUAUUAAUAGGCCUACUUAUGAAGUCAAACGGGGAGAAGCCCGUGGUAACAGCAAGUUUCUUUGAAUUCAGAUCAGCGGUUCAAGUGCUCUAGGUAAUCAAAGUACAGCACAAAAGUAGCCCUGAUGUGUGUUUGAAAAUAAUUUAACUCUUUGAUUUAAUUUGAAAAGAUAAACAUAUUUAUGCACAUUUAAUGAAAUGGCAAACAUGCGCUAGCAGUCGGCAGGAGCAGACACACUUCUCGCUCGCUGCUUAUAGAAACGCUGAGGGAAUACAGUUUAAGGGUUGAAGUUUUAUGCUUGUGUAUUUACUCUGGAUUGUAACUACUUUAUUACAUUAUAUUCAAACGAGUUCUCGGACCAGCAUGAUCGGACCACAGAUCUUCUUUACCCAUAGCUCUUUACCAUCCGCCACUAAAUAAAAUUUGCUCAGUUAGUUCCUAUGAGAAUUUUACAACUGCAUGUAAACCACAUUACUGCUGAGAGGCUUUUUUUAAUCAAUUACAUUGUUCAAUUAGAGAUUUUUAAUUGGAAUCCUUUGUAUAAUGUUGGUGAUGUAAAUGUAGCUGUAGAUAUUUAUUUGUUUUUAUUUUCAAUAAUUGAUCAAUGUGUUGGUAAGUAUAAUUUUGUCCGAAAAAGUAAAUAUCCUGUUUAGUUUACAAAGGAUAUAAAUGAUUCUAUUAAGCUUAAAACAAGUAUGCUAAAAAACUAAAGUUUUCAAACUACCAUAAUGCAUUGUUUAGAACUGUAAGAUCGUACAAUUUGAUGUUUGUUGAGAGAGUUGUAUAAAUGUAAACACUACUUCUUUUUGGAACUAUGUCAAGUCCAAGAAUCAUUUAUCUAGUUUUGAAUUAGAGUCUUCUGUUAUGAACUACAUGAAUGUAAAUGUUCCUGUGGACAAGGUAGCUGAAACAUUUGCAACUCAUUUUGGCUCAGUAUUAAAUAAAGACAACUUAAUUAUUCUAACUUCAUUCAAGACUCUUAAAAAGUAGUAAACACAUUCAUUUUUUUAUUCCUGAAGUUCAGUUGGCAAUCAAAUAUUUUAAAUCGAAAAAGUCAUCAGGUCCUGACAAUAUUCCCUCAUACAUUGUCAAAGGGUGUGCGGAAGGUCUCUUCUCUCAACCACUUUACUUUGCUAUGUAUUUAAUUUAUCCAUGUCAUCAAGUUUUUCCCCAAAAAAUGCAUGAAAUAAGCCAAGGUCGUCCCAAUACACAAAUUAGGUGAAAUAGGCCAUAUUGAGAGCAUUAUCGUCAAAUAUCCUUUAAAAAAUUCCUUUGUAAAGGUUUUUGAGACCUUGCCAUUUGCCAAGAUUGUCAAUUUGAUGUUUUAUACUUGCACACUGUUUAAAUUUCACUUGUUACAGUCUUACAU